GUUUCCGCGUGUCAGCCGUUUGUGGUUUCCUCACGGUUGCUAAACGAUAAGCUAGGUUUGGAAAGGUUGUGACGGUCGUUCCAUUGAUCGCGUUAGACGGUAAAUGUCCGGUGACAGUUGAGUAUUUUUAGUGAAGUGUUGCUAACUCGGUUAGGUUUACUUAAAAGUUCGCCGAGGAGAGUCCUCCCUUUUUUCAGUGAUACUAGUAGUGCGUGGCCACUGGCUAGCUAGCGAAGAGGGUGGGGAUAAAAACUUGAGACCUCGCCCCGGUCGUUGCUUCACUCCAGCGGGCAGCUAGUCUCAUAACGGUGUGUGAGACCCCCCUCCACCAAUUUAGAUCAUUAUUCUAGGGGAGACUGACACAGUUGUGUCAACUAAGGGUAAAAGUUAGUAACAAUGUUUAGAAAAACCCUCAAGAAGGACCCGGAGUUGUUUCAAAACGUGUCGGAUGGGUUACGUCGGCUUUACCGAACCAAACUGUUCCCACUGGAGGACACGUAUCGAUUCCACGACUUCCACUCCCCUGCACUCGAAGAUGCCGACUUCGAUAACAAGCCCAUGGUACUUUUGGUAGGCCAGUACUCCACCGGUAAAACCACCUUUAUCCGACACCUUAUUGAGCAGGACUUCCCCGGUAUGCGGAUCGGCCCCGAGCCGACAACAGACUCUUUCAUCGCGGUAAUGCACGGCGAACAGGAUGGGGUGAUACCGGGUAAUGCCCUUGUUGUCGACCCAAAGAAGCCUUUUCGCAAACUCAACGCGUUUGGAAACGCAUUUCUCAACAGGUUCAUGUGUGCACAGUUGCCUAACUCUGUCCUGGAAAGCAUCAGUAUCAUUGAUACUCCUGGAAUCCUGUCUGGGGAAAAGCAGAGGAUAAGCAGAGGUUAUGAUUUUGCCGCCGUGCUUGAAUGGUUCGCUGAGCGUGUGGACCGCAUCAUCCUCCUGUUCGACGCCCACAAACUCGACAUUUCAGACGAAUUCUCUGAGGUGAUCCGAGCUCUCAAGAACCACGAGGACAAAAUGCGUGUGGUGCUGAACAAGGCAGAUCAGAUCAGCACUCAGCAGCUGAUGAGGGUCUACGGAGCCCUGAUGUGGUCUUUGGGAAAAAUCAUCAACACACCUGAGGUGGUGCGUGUGUACAUUGGGUCGUUCUGGGCCCAGCCCCUUUUGGUUCCUGAUAACAGGAAGUUAUUUGAGGCGGAGGAGCAGGAUCUGUUUCUGGACAUCCAGUCUCUGCCACGCAACGCCGCUUUGCGCAAACUCAACGACCUCAUCAAACGAGCACGCCUCGCCAAGGUUCAGGCCUACAUCAUCAGCUCUCUGAAAAAAGAGAUGCCCAGUGUGUUUGGGAAAGACAACAAGAAGAAGGAGCUGAUAGCCAAUCUGGGAGAGAUUUACACCAAGAUCGAGAAGGAGCACCAGAUCUCACCUGGAGAUUUUCCCAACCUUGGAAAGAUGCAGGAACUGCUGAAUAGCCAGGACUUCACCAAAUUUGCAGGGCUGAAGCCCAAACUGCUGGAAGCAGUGGAGGACAUGCUUGCCAAUGACAUCGCCCGUCUCAUGGCCAUGGUGCGUCAGGAGGAGGCAACCAUGCCCAGUCAGGCUGUUAAGGGCGGAGCCUUUGAGGGAACCAUGAGUGGUCCCUUUGGCCACGGCUACGGAGAAGGUGCCAGCGAAGGCAUCGAUGAGCUGGAGUGGGUGGUGGGUCGCGACAAGCCCACGUACGAUGAGAUCUUCUACACCCUCUCGCCCAUCAACGGUAAAGUAUCUGGGGCCGCGGCCAAGAAGGAGAUGCUGAAGUCCAAACUGCCCAACACAGUCCUGGGAAAGAUCUGGAAGCUAGCAGAUGUGGAUAAGGAUGGUUUCCUUGAUGAUGAGGAGUUUGCCCUGGCCAACCACUUGAUCAAGGUGAAGCUGGAGGGCCAUGAGCUGCCACCUGCACUGCCCGAACACCUGGUGCCUCCAUCCAAGCGUGGGACGGUGCAGAACGGCGACUAGAGUUCCAGAGAGGAGGAAGAGCAGCCUGGACAUCAGACCACACUCACGUUAAGGACUCUCGGUGCCAAAAGUCCAACCAUGACCAUGAACAGCAUUGUCCAACCAAACCGGGUCCCCAGGCUUCCUGAGACACCAGGACAGGCAGAUCUGUGAUCUUUUUCCAGAGAGAGACUGGAGGGUUUCAGGGAAGGGAGGGGGCGUCCAACUCUGUGCAUUAGGGCAAAUAUUCAGGUGAAUAUGUGUGUGUGUGUGUGUGUGGGGGGGGGGGGUUCUUUCUACAUGAAAGAAUAAAAGGGGGAUUAUCAGAUGAUGGGGUGGAACAUAGAUUUAUGCAUUCUGUGUUUAAAUAACUUCUAAGUAUACAGUCCAUAAUAUAAUAUGUUCAUCCAAAGAAAUAUUUUCUUCCAUUUGGAGAGAACGAGGAAAUGACACUAGAACACCUGUUAGGACUGCUUUAUCUAUUUUUGUAUUUCCUGACUAAGAUUGACUCUUUCCAAAUGUUUUCCCUUUUUGUUAUUUUGCCAGAUGAGUAAAAAGGAGUGCUGUAGUGUGUGACUCACACGUAUGUGAAUAUGUAAUCGAUCUUUCAGUGACGUGUCACACAGCCAUGAUUGUUGGGGUGUCAUCAGAAAGCCUUACUGAAAGCUUUAUUCUUUAAAACCAAGAAAACAUGAUUAACGAAAAACAAAUAAAUAUUUGCUGAAUCCA